AUGGCAACAAUGCAACUGCAAAGAAAUCCAGUGAAUACAGUGGUUUUCCCACCAGUGGUUGAAACGCAGCAGCAGUCUCUAAUGCUUGUGAAAAGACUUCUGGCAGUAGCUAUUUCAUCUAUCACAUACCUAAGAGGACUGUUUCCAGAACGAGCCUAUGGGACUAAAUAUGUGGAAGAUCUUUGUGUAAAAAUUCUUAAGCAAGAUAAAUCAUGCCCAGGAUCUUCACAAAUAGUAAAAUGGAUGUUGGGUUGUUAUGAUGCUCUGCAAAAGAAAUACUUGCGCACCUUAGUCUUGACGAUUUUCAAUGACACUGACAAUUCAAAGGUCAUCACAGAGUGUUAUCAGUUUAGAUUUAAAUACACGGAAGAAGGACCUGUCGUUAAUUUUGGAAGAAGCUUUGAAAAUACAGAAGCCAGGGUGACCUCUGCUGAUACUAAAAAGGCCUGCAUUCUCUUGAUUCGCAAGCUUUAUGUGUUAAUGCAAAAUUUAGGACCCUUGCCUAGUGAAAUCUCUUUAACUAUGAAGCUUUUUUACUACGAUGAAGUGACUCCACAAGACUAUCAGCCUCCUGGAUUUAAGGAAGGAGAAAAUGAUGACAUGGUAUUUGAAGGCAUACCAGUGCAACUGAUGGUAGGAGAUGUCUCCACACCCUUCCAUACUGUAAAGCUCAAGAUAACAACAGAGAGCAAUCGCCUAGAAAAUGUGAUGCACAGUGACCUUAACACAAACGAGUCCAAGCAUAUGAUGGAGCCUGACAAAGAAGAGGAAUUCAGCACACAAGACAGCAACAUAAGCAUCCGACAAGAACAGUUUCCAGUGACGAAUAAGCUAAAUAACAACACAACCAACAAGACAGCAUGUGAAAAGAAAGAUACUGAUGUAACAUGUGAGGAUGAAAAAAUGGAAACAGAUGAAAGGAGCAGUCCACAGCCUUGUUAUUUUCAGAACCUAGAUCAAAAAGAACGAUCACGUAAAUUCCCAAAUAUGAAAUGCAAGCAUCCAGCAACAGAAAACAACAAAUCUAUUAGCCUGUAUGAAGAAUUGUAUAGUCAAGAAGAGGGCUUAAUACCAAAGAGACAGAAGAUCAGUGAACCCAAGGAUCGCUUCUGAAGAGAUGUAAUUUGUUCCUACUUUUGUAAAGUCUAUGUACAUCUAGAUAAAAAUGCAUAUGUGCACUUUAUAUUAAUAUGAAGAAGAAAGUCAAGCUUAGUUCUCAAAUAUGCUAUAUCAUUAUUAUAUAUAGUUCUAUUUUAUAUUACCUUAUCUUGGUUCUAGUAAUUCAUAUUUUAGUUUCAUGGUUAAUUACUAACUUGUUAUACCCUAAAAUAGAAAAUAUAUUCAUAAGUAUUUGUUUAUAUAUAUUGUAAUGAUUUAAAUUUUUAAUAAAACGGUAAAUUCUUUGCAUAUUUGAUAUUUAUGAUAUUUGGGCAGUCUUGACUGGUCCCAUGGCUACAAAAACGAUUAUACCUGACAAGACCUUUGCCUGCUCCAAAUAAUAAUAUGUUCCUUCCUUCCUUCCUUCCUUCCUUCCUUCCUUCCUUCGACCAUUAUAAAUUUAAUGGUCAUAUACAAACAUUGCUCAAUGCAAGUUGCCAUAACUUCUUUCAAAAAUGAAUUCAGUGAAUCAGUUACAUCCUCUGAAUGCAUUACACUACAAAGCAAAA